AUGGGGGGGGAGCCGAUUGAAGAGCGCUUGGUGCACGUUCUACGCAAGCUCCACUCCAAGGGGGACGUUGCCCUGGGGGUGGUAGGAGGGUCAGACUACCGGAAGAUCAUCGAGCAAAUAAAAUACCCCGAGAUAUUCGAAUUCGUGUUUUCAGAGAAUGGAGUUGUAGCUCAUAAGGGCAAGGAGCAAUUUUACUCGGACAGCAUAACGAAAUUUCUCGGCGAGGAGAACAUGCAGCAGCUGGUGGAUUACUGCUUAGUGUACAUUGCGAAUCUGCGAGUGCCAAAGAAGCGAGGGACCUUCAUCGAGUUGCGCAACGGCAUGAUUAACAUCAGCCCCAUUGGGAGGAACUGCACACGGCAAGAGCGUGAAGAGUUUUGCAGAUACGACGCGGAUAAUUCGAUCCUGCGUACGUUCCAGUUGGACUUGACGAGGAACUUUUCGCAGUUCAACUUAACAUUUUCGAUCGGAGGUCAGAUCUCCAUUGACUGUUUCCCCUCGGGAUGGGAUAAAACGUUUUGCCUGAGGCACAUUGAAGGGUUAUUCAGUGAGGUACUUUUUUUUGGCGACAAGACGGAGAAGGGAGGAAACGAUUACGAAAUUUUUCACGACCAGCGAGUGCGUGGCUUUUCUGUUAAGAGUCCUGCGGAGACGGAAGAAAUUAUUAAAUCCUUUUUGGACCCAUAG